UUCACAUCAGUGUUUGUUUUCCUCUAAAUGUCAUGUGAGUCUUGCAAUCUAAUGUAAAGUGAAUAAGCGCUCUCUAGGUACCCACAGAUUUACGGAAAAUGCUCUCACGACUGCUUAAAGAACAUCAAGCAAAGCAGAACGAAAGGAAAGAGCUGCAAGAGAGGCGGAGAAGAGAGGCCAUAGCUGCGGCCACAUGCCUGACUGAGGCCCUGGUGGACCACCUGAAUGUUGGGGUGGCCCAGGCCUAUGUGAACCAGCGUAAACUGGACCAUGAGGUGAAGACUCUGCAGGUGCAGGCGGGCCAGUUUGCUAAGCAGACCGCUCAGUGGAUCAGCAUGGUGGAGGGCUUCAACCAGGCGCUCAAGGAGAUUGGCGAUGUUGAAAAUUGGGCACGCAGCAUUGAGAUGGACAUGAGAACCAUCGCCACGGCGCUGGAGUAUGUGCACAAGGGUCAGCUCCAGGCCUCGUAAACACACACUGACCCGGAGAUCACCACCGACCCACCAACCAGCACUCGGCACCCACGAGGUGACCAGCUCUCUCAGGCGAGUGUGUCCAUCACGGUGAUUCUGUGGUCAAUGAAACAUCUGAACGAACUGCUGCAAGACAGUGGAAUUCAUUCCGAGGGGCUCUGGAGUGGAGCUCUGAAGUCAAGCAUGCUCCAUCUGUCUCUGUGUGUGUGUGUUCCUGGGACGGCAGGAACAUUUGUCCUGCCUGAAGAGAAUAUGCGAGGAGACUUAUUGUCUGCUGAGAAAGAUUUGUCUUCACAAAAUGCCUCUAGACAGCAUAACUCAUAAGUCAGUUAAAAAACAGUUCAAAUGGGGAUAACCGAUUUAAUUCAACUGCUCAUUUCCCCCCACAGUCUGUUUUCAUGUUUAAUUAAUGACCUGAGGGAUGUUUCGGAAAUUCUGGUUGUAUUCUCUACAAGGAAGUUGAUUGGUCUUAUUUUGCAAGGCCCGGAUUCCAUGUCAUCUGUAUAAAUGCCACCCUCACAAAGGACAAAAGUGUCCCCGUCAGACUGGACUGCCUGUAUCUAACAUCUAACUAUAGCAGACCAAUCUACAUGCUACCGCAUUUGAGGAUGCCUUCUAUCAUACUUGAGUAAUAUGAUUUUUUUUUGCGAUCAAAUAUACUUGAGUAAUAUGAUUGUUGCUCGUGUGACGUAAGAAAAUUAAAUUGGCCUGCAGUGUAGCAUACAGUUGAAGGGUUGGUAGGUUAUUGUUUACUAGUCCAUGUGAUGAGGCAGGUAAUUAAUUCAAUGACUGACUGAUUGAUUGAUUGAUUGAUUGAUUGAUUGAUUGCUUAGAGGGGUAUAACAUAAUGCCAUCCACUCCACCUCUGAGGUGCUGAUGUUUUGCUGAAUGUGAUGCUUCAUGACCUUCCGUCCCGAUGAACAGAAAAAUAAACUGCUUUACCCAGCAAUA